UCCAGCGCGUUUUCCAAAGGUUGCCAAUUAUUUUCCGUCGGAAUGCCGGGUCCAACUAGUGAAUGGUCCCCUCGUAACUGAUCUCAAAGGGUUUUUUGCACCAAGAGGUUGAAGAAACUCGGGCUUCUCUUCCCAGCGUGUCCAAAAGAAAUUGAAAGCUUGCUUAUGCUAGCUAGGGGAGGGGAAGGGAAGGGAGGGGUGGGGAACCCGGCGCUUCCCGAGGCGCGCUGCUGCUUGCUUGCCUGCCUGCCCGGGACUUCCCUGUUGUACAUGAGACACCCACCCACGCAAAGAUGGCUGCGAAAGGCUCGCAUUUUCACCUGAAAAUGGAAGAGGCGAUCGAGAGGUACAGGACGGAUUGCCAGUGGGAGAUGCAGCUCGCCAUGGUGGCGCAGAUGAGGGCGCGGACGUCCAGCCCUCGGCACAAGGGGGCUAAAGGAGCCGGAGCCGCACCGCAGAAAUCUGAGGACUAUGAGAAUCUACUAGCUGCGGAGGCACUGCUGGAGCUGUGCUUAAAAGAAAACCUUGCCAAAAUCAAAGAAAUCACGCCAUUAAUGGAAAAAAACGAGCCCAAACUGAGUGACGCCAAAAAGUUUUUGACUGACAUUCUAAAUCGAGGAAAACUACUGCCAAAAGAUAUGACAGAAGCAAUGUUGCUCCUUGCAAAGCUUCAUUAUAUUGAAGGCUGUUACCGAGAGACUUUGAGCCUGUAUGCAAGAGUUGGCCUCGAAGACCUUGUAAUAGAGAAGAAACCUUUAUACAAGCUGCGUCUGCUAACCGAAGCUUUUGUUAUUAAAGGCUUGGCACUGGAGCGCUCACCCAAUUCCAUUGCUUCCCAAGUCCGGCUGUCAGAAAGAGAAGAGGAAGUCAUGGCUUGCUUUGAAAGGGCCUGUGUAAUCGCUCAGAUUUUCCUGCAAGAAAUGGAGAAGAACUUUAAUAAUACACAUACAAGAAACAUAAAAGGCAGUCAGAUGUCUUCCUUGGAUUUUGAACUUCCUUACUUUCUGGAAGCAGCUCUGCAGAGUGCAUAUGUGGCUCAUUUAAAGAGAGGCAAUAUUAUUCAAGGAAUAAGGAAUCUAAGAGAAAUGUUAAGGACCAUGGAAACAAAGGCUACUCUGAGCUUCAGAAUGACAGCUAACAAAAAACUGGCAGAGCUGCUCCUCCACUCCCUAAGUGAAGAUUGUUACUGGAGUCCCUUAUCUGACCCACUUCCUGAGUUAAUGAAGAAAGAGGACAACGCUUAUAUUUGUACCACCUUACGUCGAAAACUACAGCAACACGCUGGAGAUAACAUCUAUACCCCCCAUGACAACGUUGAAGAAGCUCUCCUUCUCCUCCUGAUCAGCGAAUCCAUGGCAAGCCAGGAUGCAGUAAUCAGCCGGGCUCCUGAUCAGAAAGAUGACCGAGCCAUCAGUCUUCAGAGUACAUCAGCAGUUUAUGAUCUUCUGAGUAUCACUCUGGGCAGAAGAGGACAGUAUGUCAUGCUUUCUGAGUGUUUAGAACGAGCAAUGAAGCUUGCAUUUGGUGAAUUUCAUCUCUGGUACCAGUUGGCUCUGGCCAUGACAGCUUGUGGCAAGUCUGCUCAUGCUGUCUCAGUGCUCAGAGAAUGUGCAAAGCUACGUCCUGCGGAUCCCACCGUCCCUCUCCUUGCCGCCAAGGUCUGCAUUGGACCUCUGCACUGGCUGGAGGAAGGAGAACGUUUCGCCAAGAUGGUUGUUGACAUGGGAGAAGACGCUGGAGAAUUCCUAGCAAAGGGUUUUUUAGCAUUAGGCCUGACAUACAGCCUUCAAGCAACUGAUGCUACCUUGAAAAGCACACAAGAUGACUUGCAUCAGAGAGCACUUCAGAAUUUAGAAAGAGCUCAUCACUUGGCACCUGAAGACCACCAAAUUAUCCUCUAUACCUCAUUGCAGCUGGCUCUUAUCAGACAGAUUUGUGAUGCAAUAGAGCUUCUCCAAGAAGCACUGAAACUGUGUAAGGAUGAUAUGAAUUCUCUUCAUUUGUUGGCCCUCCUUUUUUCAUCACAAAAAGACUACCAACAUGCUUUGGAUGUAAUGGAUGUGGCCCUUGCAGAAUAUCCUGACUGCUUUCAUUUACUCUUCACAAAAAUAAAACUGGAAUUAAUACAUAAAGGACCAGAAGAGGCUUUAGUGACCUGUAGACAUAUGUUGCAUCAGUGGCAGAUGUUGUAUAAUGUUUCGCAGCAAAGUGAUUCAGAAAAAGCAAACAGUUUGACUGAAACAGUACCAGCCAAAAAGAAUAAUAAUGUAUAUCUUACUCUACCUGAUGCCCAUGAUAACGAUUCUGGCUCCCAGCGAGCAUCUUCCAUUGCAGCAUCACGACUGGAACAGGCCAUGUCAGAGAUAACUAUGCAGAGUUCUGCCUCAAAGCAAGGGCCUAUUCAGCUGUGGACAACUCUUGAACAGAUCUGGUUGCAGGCUG